AUGCUUACAGAAUGUGAGAAGAUCCUUGGUCAUGGCCUUCAACGACUUCCGGCGGAGCACAGCUACCGCUACGGCCCCGCGGCGGAGAAAGCCCUGCUAGAGCUCCUCUUCCGCUCCAUGGCCGGCCACAACGGCGAACGACUCCGACACCUAUUCCCAAAUGGACCACAGGCUGGACCGUGGAAGUUGACGGAGGCGCAAGGCGCGGUUGAGGGCGCAGAAUACACAGAAGCCGCGCGGGGUAAACGCUGCGGACAUAUUCUUCGGGCUGGAGAGGCAACAUACCGGUGCAACACUUGCGGGAUAGACGAAACAUGUGUUCUUUGCAGCAGAUGCUUUGACGCCUCCGACCACACCGACCACCAGUACCAGAUUUAUGUGUCGCCGGGGAAUAGCGGCUGCUGCGAUUGCGGAGACGAAGAGGCUUGGCGGAUCCCUGUGCACUGUGCGAUUCAUACGGACAAUGGGGAAAGCAAGGGGAAAGAGAGUGCGCAUGCCCGUGUUCCGGAUGAUUGGGUGGUCCUUAUCAGGAUGACUAUUGCCCGCGCGCUUGACUACUUCGCCGACGUGAUAUCGUGCUCUCCCGAACAACUUCGUUUGCCCAAGACAGAGGAAGGGAUCAGGCAGGAUGAAGUGGCGUCUCGUCUUCAUCCAGGGUGGUAUGGUCAAGGGGAUGAGCCGGAAGAGGAACCGGAAUUCGCAGUGACGCUUUGGAAUGAUGAGAAGCACACGAUGCAAGACGUCGCCAAUCAAGUGAGCCGAGCAUGUCGGGAAAAGGACAGCUACGGCAAGCAGAAAGCUCAAGAUGUUCACAAUAUGGGUAGAAGCAUCGUGAAAUACGGGAAAGACCUAAAAAGAUUGUUAGAAGUGUCAAAGAUCAUUGAACAAAUCAAAGUCACCACCACAAUAAGAUCUUCCCGUGACACGUUCCGCGAGCAGAUGUGCGGGACCAUCGUUGAGUGGCUGGCAGAUAUCGCUGGGUGUAGUAUUCUCGAUGAUAGCCAAAUACUACGCCAGGUGAUCUGCGAGGAGCUCCUAGGACCCUGGAAACGCGGCAGUGGUGCUUUCAACGCUGCUAUUGGCCGACAAGGCAUUGACGACCACUCGAAGGAACCAGAUCUCUUCGAGAGUUUUCGUGCUCUUGGUACCGUUAUUCUACGCGCGACGCCUCAGGGUAAUAUAGUUGCUCCGGACGAAGAUGAUGAAGACGAAAUGGAGAACGACAAUGAUGAGGCAAAUGAAGGCGCCGGUGAAAUGGAUGAGGAAUUUGUUGAAGCUCAAGAUGCUGCUGAUGACGGGGAUGACGAGAUGGAACUCGAACUUACUCGGCUGCGAGAAGACAUUGUGGAUGAUGAUGUUGAUAUGGUGAUGGGCGGUACAGAGGAUGUUUUGCAAAUGGCCCAAACUAUUUUUGGCUUCAAUUCUCCAUUUGCCGGACAACAAGCUGAACAGCAGGAGGAGCAGCAACAUCAAGAGCCAGUCGAGACGGACAAUCCUUCCAUACAAGCCCCCUCGUUCGGCGGGCAAUCCGGCGAAAAUCGUGACAUCCAAGGCAACAACCCUCAUAUGCCAAUUCCUAAAACACCUCGUGCCGUGCGAAACCUCCCUUCAACAACGACACCAGGCUACUGGCAAGUUCGCCCGUCCGCUUCGGUGACUGGCGAAAAUGUGCCUCUUUAUGAGGACCUGUGGCAGCGCACGCGGCUUGAUUGGAUGAUUUUAUUCGAUCUGAGGUUAUGGAAAAAGGCGCGUACUGACCUUCGUGAUCUGUAUCUCAGCACCGUGGUGAACGUGCCGCAGUUCAAGAGGGUCAUGGGUCUACGUUUAUCAACCUUGUAUAGCGCGCUUGCGCAGCUAUAUCUAAUCGCCGAUAGAGAACCAGACCAUUCAAUCCUCAAUGUGAGUGUGCAGAUCCUUACCACCCCGUCAAUUACCGAAGAGAUCGUGCAGCGCGGCAACUUUUUAAGUAAGGUUAUUGCUAUUUUGUACACCUUCCUCACGACCAGGCAAGUGGGCGAGCCGUACGAAGUCAAUACCAGCGCAACUCUGUCGUUCGAUGCCGGGUCGGUUAACAACCGGCGACUUAUUCAUUUCUUCAACGACCUACGGUACCUAUUGCAGUCAGAGUACGUACAGAAGCGUGUGCGGACUGAGGAGCAAUAUUUGUUGCAAUUCCUCGAUUUGAUCAAGCUUACUCAGGGAAUCUGCCCGAACGUGCGUGCUGUUGGAGAGCAUGUGGAGUACGAGAAUGAUGCCUGGAUUAGUGCCUCUAUUUUGAUGCGAGAGAUCAAUCGACUGUGCGUCGCAUUCCGUGAAGCGUUCAGAAACCCGGAGCUUGAUCGGGGUCAGAAUUUGCUGCGGGCUAUUACGGUGACUGCAAUCUCCACCAUCGUCCACUCUGUUGGUUGUGAACGUAAGAGGUUUGAACAGGCUGAGAUCAAGGAAUACGUCCAUUUCAAAAACCUGCAACCAUUCGAUUUCGAGAACGAUCGCCCGGAGCGGCUACCUCGCCAUCGCGUAGUGGACUUCGUUGUGGAAAAGGGUGCAAUGAGCUUCCAUCAUGCCCUCCACUACACGCUCUCGUGGCUGCUAGAUUGUGCUCGUAACUUGAGCCAAGGACUGCUACGUGACGUUCUCUUCAGCGCCGCCGAGGCGGCCAACGACAAGUACAUCUUUGACAGUGAGCUUUCGCCGGAAGACCUACUACUCGUGAUGUUCGAUUAUCCCCUCAGGGUAUGCGUUUGGCUGGCGCAAAUGAAAGCAAACAUGUGGGUACGCAACGGCCUUAGUCUGCGUCAUCAAAUGUCACAGUACCGUGGGGUCACCUUCCGGGAAAUUGGUUACUAUCGCGAUAUCUUCUUGCUCCAGGCUGCGUUGGUAACGUGCAACCCUAGCAGGGUUCUCGCUUCUAUCGCAGAUAGGUUCGGAGUUGUGGAUUGGAUGUCCAGGAACUAUGCUGCUCGCGCCGGAUACGAAGACGCAAAGGUCCUCGAUGUCGUGGAGGAGUUUGUACUUCUCUUGAUUGUCCUCUUGACUGAUCGACAUUCACUCACGAUUGACGGGGAUGGUGAUGCUGCUGCACGCCAGAACAUGAGCCGUGAGAUCGCGCAUGUCCUAUGCUACAAGCCUCUCUCAUUUUCUGAUCUGUCAACCCGCCUGAGUGAUCAUGUGCGGGACUCUGAUGUGUUCCAGGACGUCCUGGAGGAGAUCGCGAGAUUCCGGCCCCCUGAGGGGUUGAACGACAGUGGUACAUUCGAGCUGAAGCCUGAAUACAUCAGCUUAAUAGACCCGUACAGCGCCCAUUACACCAAGAACCAACGAGACGAGGCCGAAAGUAUCUACAGAGAAUGGAUGGCCAAACAAACAGGAAAGAAGGCCUCCGACAUUGUCUUUGAACCUACACUGCGGCCUCUGGAGUACGGUGCGUUUGCCGACCUGGCUCGCUUUACAAGGACUCCGCUAUUUGCCCAGAUUGUGCACCAGUGUCUAGAUUAUGUGAUGACUUGCAAGGAUCGUACGCCUACAAUACCACCUACGCGUGUCGAAACGUUCCUCCAGGUUGUUCUACAUCUGGUCCUCUCGGCCAUUCUUGAAGACCAUACGGAUGAAGACAAUAUUGACCAACAGUCUGUGGAAUCUUUUGUUCUACAUGCACUGACUAAAAUCAGAGCCACUCAAAUGGGCAAUCUGACCAUCGUUGGCCUUUUGGAGAAGAUCUCAUCAAUGAAUGAGUUUUCUGCAUGUGGUCCAAGGAUCCGGCACAUCCUGAAGCGUCUUUGGCAGAAACGGCCCCACAUGUACACAUCUGCUACGGCUUCACUAAUGUUCCCAUUCGACAGAAUUGACACCAACUCGCCAGCUAUCGACACCGAAGGUGAAAAGGAACUAAAGAAGAAGCAAGCCCUCGAACGGCAAGCCAGGGUGAUGGCUCAGUUCCAGCAACAACAGCAGAACUUCCUGAACAACCAAGGCGGCUUCGACUGGGGGGAUGAGGAUUUCAGUGAUAUGAAUUCAGAGCCUGAGAUCACACCUGAGGCCAAGGUCUGGAAGUACCCCAGCGGCACUUGUAUCCUCUGUCAGGAAGAGACCAACGACUCGAGGCUUUACGGCACAUUUGCCCUUGUUCAGGACAGCAGCAUUCUGAGACAAACAGAUAUUCAAGAUUCAGACUGGAUCCGUGAAGUGCUCAAGACACCGUCAAGUCUGGACAAGUCCGCCGAGGAUAUACGCCCUUUUGGCGUUGCUGGUGAAAAUCACGCCACGGUUCGGCGGCUAGACUCUUCGGGAGGGGAAAUCAUCAGCGAGAAAAUUGGUCUGAGCAAAGGGUUCAACCCGAAGAAUACUGUGCGUGGUCCUGUCACAACAGGGUGCGGGCAUAUCAUGCAUUAUUCAUGUUUCGAGGUCUAUUACUCGGCCACUCAGCGGCGUCAUUCGCAGCAGAUUGCCCGCAACCACCCAGAGCGUCUGAAGCACAAAGAGUUCGUCUGUCCACUGUGCAAGGCGUUGGGUAAUGCUUUCCUCCCUAUUACUUGGAAGGGCAAAGAAGAGUCAUACCCGGGCCCGUUGAACACAAAAGUGUCCUUCGACGAGUUCAUAAACCAUGAAAUCAAGUCUAUUCUCUCACACAAGCACAAAAUGAACUACGCCCUUCUUACGGAGAAUGGCGAGCUACAGCAACAGGCCUAUCAAGGUCUAUUCUCCGACUACCUUCACAAAACACUCGUUCCUCCACUUGCCGGUAAGGUGGAGCAGCUGUCAUCAUCUUCGCUCUCUACAAAUACAGCGGCGCAUAUGUUGCCUCAACCACGAGUACCCAUGCCUGGCUUGUUCACACGAGAGGAGGAUUUUCCGACAUUCAGCUCCCCUCCGCAGGCCCAGCCCUCGAAUGACUCACCCAUAUCUGAGCUUCUCCAGAUCUACGCUCGGCUCAAGCAGACUCUUCGGUUGAACCAUAUUUAUUCGACUUUCAGCCACCCACCAGAGACUCUAAGCAACGAUGAAAUCAUCCACACUGACUCUCUAUUCCAGAGUUUCGGUUUCAGUAUUGCUGCGGUUGAGAUAGCUCAACGUGGCGUUGAGUCUGAGUCCGGCUCCACGCUUCUCGACAAGAUACCCCAGUUAACAUUGACACACCUUCGCGUUCUGGCUGAGACGGCAUUGACCUAUGCAUCAGUCGGGGGUUUGCACGGCAAGAGUGGCAGUUCCAGUCGGUCACUUGAAGAGUUCCGCGAAAUGCAUCGUCAGAAAUUAUGUCAGCUGUUCGUGGGCCAUCCAUUCUUCGACGGAUCAUCGCUUCUCAAUGAUGUCCACCAAAUCGAGCCCCUAUUCGCCAAAGAUACGUUCGUGUUCUUAGCUGAAAGCUCGCUCACCCUUCUUCCCGUUCUUGAUAUUGAUAUCCGCCACCUGCUGCAGAUAUGUUAUGUGGCUGAGAUCGUCAAGGUUGCCACCACUUACAUCGUUUGGCCUUUGGGACUGAAGGAAGAGCUGGCCCAGAAUGGUGAUGCACACUACCUGCUAGAUAUGGAGCUCUCGAAUGAACGGUUCGACGUCACUCGGCAGUUCUUCAACUCUGUCGUCGCGGAGUUGAAAGCCAACUCAGUGGGCCGAGGAAUAGGGUCCUCCCAUCCUACCGAACUAGGCUACGUCAAGGAGGGCGAGGAUUCAGCCACACCCGGAGUCAUCAUUGCCCUAAGACGCCUUAUAUCGAGCUACGCUCUGACCUUCCUGCGAAAGGCGGUCAUUCUGCUUCAUGUGCAGCACGGCGUCGAAUUCCCCAAUGCCGGCUUCGGCGAUGUGGGCGCGUCCGAGCUGGACCGCCUCACAAAGAUCAUGAAUAUGCCGUCUCUCGACGACAUAUUCGCCGCGGUCAAGCCCGCGCGUAAGAGUGGCCAGCCCUUCGACGCCAUGAUUUCCGGCUGGAUCUUCCACUGGAACGCAUCGCGCGCUGGCGUCCGCAUCGUAGACCACAAAUUAUGGCCUAGCCUUUCGCACCCGGCCAUCUUUGAACUCGUCGGCCUUCCCAAAUAUUUUGACAGUUUGAUCGAGCUCGCCAACCGACGCCGAUGCCCGAACUCGAAGAAGGAACUGACCGAUCCCAGCAUCUGCCUCUUCUGCGGAGACAUCUUCUGCUCCCAGGCCGUGUGUUGCCAGGAUAAACACAGUAAACGGGGCGGAUGUAACCAGCAUCUUCUGAAAUGCGGCAAAAACAUCGGCCUCUUCAUCAACAUUCGCAAAUGCGCUGUUCUCUACCUCCACAACCAUAGCGGCUCAUGGCAUUACGCCCCCUACCUCGACCGCCACGGCGAAGUCGACCCGGGUCUUCGCCGUAGCAGGCCGCUCAUGCUGAACCAGAAGCGCUAUGACCGGCUUCUCCGUGACGUCUGGUUAUCGCAUGGAGUGCCAGCGACAAUUAGUCGGAGGAUGGAGGCUGAUGUUAAUAAUGGCGGAUGGGAGACUAUCUGA